ACUUCUCCGGAAGGCAGGAUAUUCCAGCAAAAUCGUUGGGAAGUGGUUCGUCAACUUUAAGUCAUCAGUGUUCUGAGCACUUGGGACAUCAAGCCCACUUCCAUCCCAUGAAACAUGGCUUUGACGAAUGGUUUGGAGCUCCAAACUGUCACUUUGGACCAUACAACAACAAGGACAAACCCAAUAUUCCUGUCUACAACAACUCAGAGAUGGUUGGCAGGUAUUAUGAAGAGUUUAAGAUUAACUUAAAAACUGGAGAAUCCAACCUCACUCAGAUAUACUUACAGGAAGCAAUUGAAUUUAUCGGGCGACAGGCUGCCAAGAAGCAAAACUUCCUCCUUUAUUGGGCUGUUGAUGCAACACAUGCACCAGUCUAUGCAUCAAGAUCUUUCCUGGGAACAAGUCAGAGAGGCUUGUAUGGGGAUGCAGUCCGCGAGAUAGAUGACAGUAUUGGGAAAAUCCAACAGCAACUGCACACCCAAAAUAUCGCCAACAACACAUUUGUGUUUUUCACAUCAGACAAUGGAGCUGCACUCAUCUCAGCCCCCAAUCAAGGUGGGAGUAAUGGUCCGUUCUUGUGUGGAAAGGAGACAACAUUUGAAGGAGGAAUGCGGGAGCCUGCAAUUGCCUGGUGGCCAGGACGUAUACCUGCUGGACAGGUCAGUUAUCAGCUGGGUACUGUCAUGGAUCUAUUCAUGACCAGCUUGACACUGGCUGGGCUUCAACCACCCACUGAUCUGCAAUUGGACGGGAUUGAUCUUUCACCUGUGCUGUUCCAGAAUGAGAUUAUCAGCAGGCCAGUGUUUUACUACCGAGGGAAUGAGUUGAUGGCUGUACGGUUCGAUCUGUACAAGGCACAUUACUGGACAUGGAGUAACUCCUGGGAGGAACUGCAGCAGGGAAUUAACUUCUGCCCAGGACAGAAUGUGACCGGUGUCACAACACAUGAUCAAAAGGACUACACCAUCCAGCCCCUGCUCUUCCAUCUUGGGAGGGAUCCUGGAGAGAGAUACCCAAUCAGGUUUUCCCACCAAGAGUAUGAGACAGCAAUGAGAAAGAUCACAAACAUCGUGCAACAUCACAAAUCUUCGCUGGUGCCAGGAGAGCCGCAGCUAAAUGUCUGUGACCAGGCUGUUAUGAAUUGGGCGCCUCCUGGUUGUGAAAAGCUUGGCAAAUGUCUGAAGAUUCCCAGGUCAAACCCAUGGAAAUGUAACUGGCCACAUUAACAUUACUUACAGAGGUCACAUUUAUUCUGUUCACACUGGAUUCUAGGGAGUCAACAUCAACAUUUCAAGGAGAACCGUCACUCAGUGAGAGGCAGUACCUUCAGGAACUGUAUCCCAGUGAGAGUCAGCA